GUGUACAUGUCUGCUGAGCGCCCCGCCCAGUGCAUCCUGUGAUUACAUCACCUGAUCGGAGGAUUCAUUAUGAUCAAGAAGUUCAGCCAAAUAGUAACAGUAUUCACAGCCUCCCCUUAAUGGAUUCCCAGCUUAUUCAUGAGAGAGAUAUAAAGGCGCUUGCGUGAAACUUGAGCUUUUUACUUCUCGAGCGCAUGCAGAUGGAAUAUUCAGCUGCUGACAUCGGAGCGGCCAGGGAUUUGCAAUUCUUAGCGUACAUUUACAUAUCGACGGCGACAUUCUGGACCUAUGAUUUUGUUUGUUCACUUCACGAAGAGUGGACAUUCCUACUUCGAUCACGCUGGACAAAGGUAAAAGGCCUUUAUAUCAUUACACGAUACAUUCCAUUUGUCGUUAUUUUCUUGGAACUAUGGUUAUCCUUGGCCAAAAACGAGCCAAAGAACUGCCAGAUAUUGAGCAAUAUUUUCGCAUAUUUCGGAGUGAUAUCACUCGCUCUCUCUGAAUUCUUUUUUGUUCUCAGGACGUAUGCACUCUGGAACAACAAGAGAAUCGUACUCGUAGCCGUGCUCUCCGGCUAUUUUUCAGGCAGUCAUCAUAUCAUGCAUCGGCAUUUUGGCUCCCGCUGGUCCUUUCCCUGAUGGUUUGUGCUCUCAUUUCCCCCACCAUUACGCUAUUCGCUGUAUUCACCCCACCUUCGCAGCCACGAUUGGCCCGGUCCCAGGCGUCCAAGGUUGCUCCCAGAGCCCACAAGGUUUCCAAUUAUUCUUGCCUUUUGUUCUUGUGUUUGUGUUUCAAGUGGGUAUGUAGUCGGGAACUUGGAGCAUCCAUUGCAGA